AUGUGAAUCUUGUGACAUGGCAGCACUGCAUAAAAAAAAGUUAGUCAAACCAAAAAUGGCGUCUCUACUUCCCCGUUCUCUUGGUCUUGCUGAAACAGUUCUAAAAAAUGGAAAUAAGAUUUUGGCUGCAACUGUUGCCAAUAACCUGCCCAGUAAACAGCAAGUGCGUAACUUGAAUGUCCAUGAGUACAUCAGCUACACCCUCCUCCGGGACCAUGGCAUUCCGGUCCCCAAGUUCAAUGUGGCCAAGACCAAGGAAGAGGCCUGCAAGUAUGCUUUGGAUCUCAAUACAGAAGAUAUUGUCCUAAAAGCCCAGGUCCUUGCUGGAGGCAGAGGAAAGGGAGCCUUUAAGAAUGGUCUUAAAGGUGGAGUUCGCAUGGUCAACUCUCCCGAAGUUGCCGGAGAGAUAGCUGGCAAAAUGUUGAACCAAUACCUUGUGACGAAGCAGACCGGAGCAGCCGGUCGCAUCUGCAACCUGGUGAUGGUCACGGAACGCAAGUUCCCGAGAAGGGAAUACUACAUCGCUAUCAUGAUGGAGCGUAGCUUUAAUGGCCCAGUGAUCAUCGCUUCAUCUCAAGGUGGAGUGAACAUUGAAGAUGUGGCUGCUGAGAACCCAGACGCCAUCACUUACGAACCUAUUGACAUUAAGGAAGGCAUCACACAGGAGCAGAUAUGCCGUGUCAUCAACAAAAUUGGUCUGAGCGCCCACCAAGAAGAAGCUGUGGGAAUGGUGCAGAAAAUGUACGACCUAUUUGUAAAGAAGGACGCCCUGCUCAUUGAAGUGAACCCCUACGCAGAGGACGCGAUGUCCGGACAAUUCUUCUGCCUGGACGCGAAGUUCCGGUUCGACGACAACGCGGAGUUCCGGCAGAAGGAGCUGUUCGAGCUGCGCGACACCACGCAGGAGGACCCCAAGGAGAUCGAGGCCGCCAAGUACAACCUCAACUACAUCGCUCUGGAUGGUAACAUCGGGUGCAUGGUGAACGGCGCGGGGCUGGCGAUGGCCACCAUGGACAUCAUCAAGCUGUACGGCGGCGACCCGGCCAACUUCCUCGACGUGGGCGGCGGCGCCACCGCGCAGGCUGUCUCGGAAGCGUUCAAGAUCAUCCUGUCGGACCCGAAGGUGACGGCCAUCAUGGUGAACAUCUUCGGCGGCAUCAUGCGCUGCGACGUCAUCGCCGAGGGCAUCAUCCAGGCCGCCAAGACGCUCAACAUACAGAUCCCGGUCAUCGUGCGACUCCAGGGCACGAAAGUCCACGAGGCGCGCAAGCUGAUCGCGGAGUCGGGCCUGCGCAUCGUGCCGCGCGACGACCUGGACGAGGCGGCGCAGCUCGUGGUGCAGCUGUCCGAGAUCGUGUCGCUCGCCAAGAAGGCCGGCGUCGAGGUCAACUUCCAAAUACCUAAGUACAUGAUGGAGAAGUAGACGCAGUAUUCGUUAGUGAGUGUUGGUUUGUAGAUGUUACAGCCGGGAGAGCAUUGCCGAGGCACAGUAAGGAUUGCUUGUUAAGCUCCUUUACUAUUUGUUUCCAUUCAGACAAAACUUUAUACCUGGACUAGCGGUGCAUAAUGCCGUGAUAUUUACCAAAAAGUGCGCAGUCGCUGCCUCUUUAGUGACAGUGGAUAGGCGGCUCCAUCGGCUGUGAUGUCUGUAGCUUCACUCGUCUAUGUUACUCAUCACUCACGCUAUUGGCAAAUUAUUUAAUUCUAGCUUAGACAUAAAACUUGUUAAAGCCGCAUUAAGAUUGUAUUUUGUGUAAGUCGGUGUUCUUUGUAUGUUGUUAUAUAUUUCAAUAUUUUAUUGUGAUGUAGAAAAUACAUAUUACGAGUAUAUGAUUCAGGUGAUAUAAAUGUAGAUAGAGAUCGAAGUUUUAUUUUUGUUUAUUUUUUAUGUAUUUACAUUUUUGUAACUAUAAGUUUUACAAAUGUAAUUGCUUUUGAUGUCACAUUUUCUACUUAUUCACAUUUAUAUUGAUUGGAAUUGAAGCAUCUAUGUAAGAACAUCGUAACUAUUCAUAUUUCGUAUAACUUUGGUGUUGCAACAGCAGCGGCUGGCUAGAAUUAAUUCACUCGUAUUGUUUUAUUUAUUGAAAGUAGAUAAUUAAUUAAUAGUUAAGUUUUCAUGUUGAUUGUUGAGUAGUUAGUGAAUAAAACUGUAAUAUUUUGCUGCAAUCGUCAUUAUGAGUAAAGUAAGUGUUGGCUACGAGUCAUGCCUCCAUUAUUUAAGUUGAAAUGUGUCCUAUAGCCAUAAAGUAUUAUAAAUAACCAGCCAGUCACGAUCGAGCGAUAUAUCUGAGUAUCUAUGUACACUAAUGGUACGAGUUAUAUUUGUAUUGUUUAUUCAAUUAAUUUUCGAGGCAAGUUGCCUAAAACGUGUAUCAGCGCAAUAAUCAUGUACACUAAGUAUGUACCAUAUUCCUUUGUAAAUAGACAACUUAUACGACUAUAUAACAUGCAAAUUGUUACUUACUUGGAAAGUUUAAGUACAUUGAAAUAAAUAUGUAACGCAGUGUAAUUAAUUUAUUGGUUUUGUCAAUAAUGUCAAAUUUUAAUAAAUUUAUUUAGAUCUG